UAAUUGGCGUUUCUCUCUUCGAUCUCGCCACUAGAGCUUGCUCUUCUUCGCGUGUUGCUGCGUUUCUCUCUUCGAUCUUGCCUCAGCUGUGCACGUUUUUAUUGAUUCACAGUGUCUCAGCGAUUGAAGACUAGUGUCCAUGUUAACUUGGUCUUCCAUAUGGGACUGAGAAUCAAGAUGUUAUUGAUGCCGCAAUUGUUGGUAUGCUUGCUGAUCCAAAGGAGGCAAGAGCUGGAAUCAAGGAGGUCUAUUUUUUCCCUUUCAAUCCUGGAGACAAGAGGACUGCUCUAACUUACAUUGAAUCUGAUGGAAAUUGGCAUAGAUCUAGCAAAGGUGCUCCUGAGCAGAUAUUGAACCUCUGCAACUGCAAAGAGGAUGUGAGGAGAAAGGCUAUGCAACUAUUGUUAAGUUUGCUGACCGUGGGCUCCGAUCUUUGGGGGUUGCUAGACAGGAAGUACCUGAGAAAUUCGUCGACAUGUCGACAGAUAGAGAUAUUGCGAAUUAGGCUGCCGGUCAUGGUCGCAGCCAUGGUCGGGGUAGAGGGAGGGUUUCCUCCAGUACCCUCAGGACUUCCGGAUCUUCUCCCUUUGCUCCGACUAACCCGGUCACGCCACAUGUUGCGGUUUUAG